ACCAACCCUUAUAUAAAUCACCCACCACCGUGCUAUAAACGCCUCAAAAAAAUUCACUUUGGAUUUUUUGGGGGAAAAUCUUAAGAAGGUGGGUGCACAUUGUCAUACCAUCAUCAUCAUCAUCAUCGCAUUUUCUUGGCAUGGCCGCCGCGGCAGACGGGCUUUUCAGGCCAAUCUAUGAAGGUUGCAUUUCCGGCCACGACCACGGCGUCGAACGGCGGCCAUACCACCGCAACUGUGGCUGCGCGCUUCACAGCAACAACAAAUCUUGCAGACACAGGAUGCCACGGUGUAACAAUGUGUCGUAUCCAAUGAGGAGGGCUUGGAGUGAAGGGAGCUUGUUGGUCUUGUCUGCAAAUUCCUCUGCUCAUUCCUCUCCUUCUACUUCUCCUGCCCCUGCUCCUAGUUCCCAUAGGCCUCAACUUGAUCAAGAAGAAGAAGAGGAACAUACAACAACAACAACAACAACGAAGUUUGUGCCUUUAUUUGAGGUUUCAGAAUAAUGUUCUUCAUUUUGUUCUGUUCUUCUUUCUUUUCUUGCUGCCCCAAUUUUGAAUAACCAAAUUUCAGUCUGGUUGAGGUCUUAAUUAAUGACUAGUAAAUUUUUUUAUUUGGUUGAUUAUUAUUUGUAGGAGGUUGUCAUUGGUUUGUAACUUUGUGUAUUGAUCUACACCAUUUUGAUUCAGGGACCAAGCUUUUUGGCUUCUUAUCAAUUUGGUUGAUUCUGAAUUUGAUGACAACCCUAUUUAUUGUAAUGUAAUGAUGCUAAUUGGUUCUUGAAA